AUGGAAAAUCAACGGAUAAUCAAAAGUAUUAAAUCUCCUUCUUCUUUGAAUUCUAAAUAAUCUACUAAAUAUAUCUAAUGUAAAUAAUAGUAUAAUAUAUCAAAUAGAACCAAAUGUACUCUUUUAGCAACAUCCAACACAAAUAGUCAAGAAAUCUGCUUAAUAAAAUAUCCCUCCAAUUCCUCUUAAGUAAGUAAACAACAUACUACAAACAAGAGAAACUCCAAUUUUUAAAUAGUCUCAAGAUGAACGAUACUCUUAUACAAAGUAUAAAAUCAUAAAUAUUCUAUAUUAGAGAUGCCACAUGUUUAAUGGCUAAAUUAGAUUCACUAAGAGAAAUUAAAUCAGCAGAUAGCCCAAUAAGAAAUCAUGUCUCUCCUAUACCUUCUACAUUAUAAAGUGUUGUAGUUCUCAGUUAAAAUAAUGCUGUUAAACCCUAACUGUUAUAAUAAGUUGCUUGUUCUAGUUGUGUGGAACCAUUCAAAAUAUAUAAUAAUAAUAAUAAGAAUGUUAAUCAAAGUUAAUAGUUAAGCUAAACAUUACCUCCAAAAAAGAAUUAUGAAUCUAUGAUCUAAACACUUAUGAAUGAAUAAGAACUAUUAGUUAAAUAAUAUAAUGAUAAAAUUAAACUAUUGGAAUAGAAAACUUAGGAGUUAUCAUAAGAAAAUAAUAAUUUAGUUGAAUAAAAUAAAUUAUUUUUGGACUAAAACUUAUAGUUAAAGAAUGAAGCAACUUAAUUUUAAUUAAAAUAAUAAUAAACAAAUUUAACAUAUUCAAAUGAAGAUACAAAGAAAACUGUUUAAUUUUUGGAACAUGAAUUAGAGUAAAAGAAGGAAGAACUUAAUUAAUUGAUAUAGAAUAUGAAUGAAAUUCUUUCAAUUAAUUAAAAAACAGAAGAAAAAAAUAAUGAACUAUCAUAAUAAAUAAAAAUUAUUUUAGAAUAGAAGGAGAAAGAAAUUAAUGCUUAUUUCACUCAAAUUAGUAUGUAUAAGUAAACAAUUUAAGAACUUGAAUAAAAAAUUGUAUAAUUAAUUAAAAAUGAUUCAUUACAAUAAUAAACAUUGAAAGAAGCUUAGACUAAAAUAAUAUAAAUAGAAUAAUCAGAUAAAAAUAAAUAAAAUUCAUAAUAAUAAUAAUAAUAAAAAGUAAAAUAUAUUUAUAUUAAAUUAGUAUAAUGUAAAAGAAACAUUUGAAUAUAAAUAAUUAGUUUUAGAAUUGGAUAGCAAAUGUGUUACAAUAACAGAAAAAGAAAACUAAAUUGAAACUUUAAAAAUUAAAAAUUAAAUGAUUUAAUAGUAAUUAGCACAAUAAUAAUAAUGUUAAAUAUCUAUUAAAGAUCAUUAAGAUGCUUUAAUGUAAAAAGAAAGAGAAAAUGAUGAUUUAAAAUCUAAUUUGAUUAAUAAAGAUGAAGAAAUUGAAAGAUUAAAUUAAUAAUUAAAAUUUGUAAGGAAAGAGAAGGCUAAAUUAUCUAUAAAUUUAAUGAAUGCUGGUAUGGCCAAUCUUGUGAUGUUAUCUUAAGGACAAUAUUAAUAAGAUGAGAUUACUGUAUGA